AUGUCCUUGUCGUUGGACCCAGUAGGUGCGAGUCUGAUAGAAUUCAGCUCUGGACCUGGCGAGCUCCAAGUCCACGAGCCGGACUCUGGCACUGCCAGCAGAGACGUCCCAAGUGUUGCAAGAAUCCUCUGCAUAGCAGCGGUUCGGGAACUCAAAGGUGUCGUGCGACUCGCCGAGCUUCGUGAUGAUCUCUCUCGAAGCAAUGGACAUUGCUUGAAGAAGGCCUGCGAUACGCUGACGCUGUGGGCCUCGGGGUAUGGUAUUCCUGAAGGAGAUCUGGACGAGGCCCUCGCGACGUCAUGGAUAUUGCAGCGCUCUGUGCUAGAGUUGCUGGUGUCAAUUGGCAAUCUGAUGUUGAACAAACUCAUUCCCUUGCUCAACCCAGGAGCCGAAGUAGAUACGGGUCCCUUCACAUUGAAUAAGGCCAUAUCCGAUGCAUCAUGGGUCUUGUCAGAAGGUUUACAGCGCCAUCGUCGCACGGAAAUCUCUAGUGGCGAUGAGAGCGACAGUAGUAGUGACUCAACGGCCUCCGAGGACCACGAGUUAGAGAGGGCUCUCCAGGAUAUUGAUAUCUCCGUACAGUGCCUCCUUGAUCUUGGACCCCUCAUCAACGGCCAUGUGAGAGACUACAAGAUCAUCGAAGUGCCCCAUUCCGGAGACGCUGUCACCAGCUUCAAGCCACACCAGAUCUUCACCAAUAUCCUUUCGUACCGCUACCCGGAGGCACCAAAGGACCUACUUGACCGGCUCGCCAGAGCCAACCUUGAACGAUUUCUGAGAACGGAUAAUUUAAGGACAGAAAAUGCCGAUGAUGCCAAGUUUGCAGAGAAUGGGCCUGGUCCAAGUGAAUUUAGCGAUUCAGGUGUUGGGAUGUCGACUCACACAGACACUUCAUAUGCCGCAACGCUCAUGUCUUACCGUCAAAAGAGUAGCCAUUCUGUGAAGAUCCCGCCGCUAUCAGAAGCUGCAAAGCAAGGGGAGCAUCUUGAAUGUAUGGCGUGUGGUGGGAAAGUUUGUUUCAGGGACAACUCAAAUUGGAAGUCUGUUAAAUUUUGGCAUGACAAAAGACCGGGAGUUGACAGCAUAUCCACAGGAAGCACUUAUUCAUGGACCUCAGACCAUGGCCAUGAUGUCGACAAGGAGACGCAGCAUAGCGUGUGUCCACUUUGUCAGGAAACAUUGCAAGGAUCGAAGUCAGACAUUGUUGAACAUCUAGCGGCGCACUUAGAGGAGAUAUCACUCUCGGCCCUUCCUGCGACAGUCGACACAGACGGGGACGCUCCACAGGAUGAGAGACAAGGUCAAGCCAUGGCUGAAACGCGAGACUUCCCUGUUUCCACAAGCUCCUCGGUUUUCCGAUACCCGAACGAACAGUAUCUCCUAGACCUAACCAAUAUGGACGGUUUAUCAACACCACUACCUCACGACUACCAGACUGUGAUGCCAAUGCUCACAACUGACUUUGUUGGCAGAGCCAAUAAGGGCACGAGAGUGACAAGACCUUACUCCUGUGUUUGCUGUAGCCCACCCAAGACAGGAAGUCGCUGGAUCGUCAUCACGCGCCCCAAGGAAGAACGCAGUUUUUCUGCAGUCAUACUGGUUGUACCCAAGUUUUUACUCGCCAGGACAAUUUAA